GAUAUACGCUGUUUACGCGGUGUGUCCUCGAUAAAAAAGGUUAUCGUACAGUGUGUAUCCUCGAUCGAAAAGGUACCGUACAAUGUGUCUGUCCUCGACCAAAAGGUUACCGUAAAGUGUGUCAUUUUCUUCGUGUGCAAAUUGAUUUCAAACUCUAGUGUACUAAAGCUGAGUACAGACAUGGGUGAGAGGCGAGGCAAAAUGUGUGUACUUGUUCAACGAUAGGAGGUAAGUUACUGCGGUACAGUGAAUGCAAUGACUGCAGUCAGAAUAGGGGCGGAUCCCAUCGAGGCGUUAGUGGAUGAAAAAGUGUGGAUUACGGUGGACGGUCUGUCCCCCAAUGAACAAGUCACGAUCAAAGCCUCCCUGGAAGAGGAUAACAAGAAGUUCAGUUCCUAUGGGUGCUUCACCUCCACGGAGAGAGGACGGGUGGACCCGGGCACCCAGCCCUCGCUACAAGGCUCCUACACAGGCGUGGAUUCCAUGGGUCUCCUUUGGAGUAUGGACCAGGAACCUUGUCAUGAAAUGCACAUCAGAUUUCAGAAAAGAGACGUGACUACCCCCGUUGUAGUCAACAUUAAAGUGUUUAAAGGACACAUCACCUGGGAUAAUCUGUUUGAUCCGCACCUGAAACCUUUGGCGGAAUCCCAGAUCUACAGACGGUAUAUGGCCAAGAGUGUUCGAAGAGAGAAAGUGAAGCAUGGAAAUAUAAGGGGUGUUCUAUUUACUCCACCUGGUCCAGGACCAUUCCCUGGGGUCAUUGACAUGUAUGGGAGUGGUGGGGGACUAUUUGAACACCGUGCAGCUCUCCUUGCCUCCAGGGGCUUCUGUGUGCUGGCUCUGGCUUUCUUACUUUACGAAGAUCUAACCACAGUAUUUACUGACAUCACAGCAGAUUAUUUCAUAGAGGCUUCGAAAUGGUUCAGUGAUCUUCCUCGGGUACUAUCUACAGGUAUUGGUGUGAUAGGACUGUCCAAGGGCGGAGAGUAUGCUCUAGAAAUGACCCGGCAUUCUUCAACGGUAAAAGCGGUAGUUCUUGUAAACGCUGUUUCAUUUUACAGUGAUGUACCUCUCAAAUUCAGCAAAGGGGACAUUCCAUGCACAGAAUUUCAUUUUGAUGGAAUCGUUCCAACCAAAAACGGACUAGAUUUCCGAAAAGCUCAACAGCCAAGUGACGAUUUCUUUAUAAAGGCUUGGGAAAGUAAUGCGUCCGUUUUGUGUAUUGUGGGAGAAGAUGAUAAUUGCCUUAAUCCUCAGUUAACAGAUCAGUUCCUCAAACUUGUACCCAAAGAACACAAGCACCGGUUCCACGUUAUAAAAUAUCCUGGGGCAGGGCACCUGAUCGAACCACCGUUUGCUCCUCAUUGUGUAGCGUCAUUUCAUAAACAUUUGGGGUGUAUUAUGGAUUGGGGUGGAGAAACUAAACACCAUAGUUACGCACAAGAAGAUUCUUGGAGGCGGAUCUUGCAGUUUUUCACAACUCAUCUUGUGUUUAAUAACUUUGUACAGGAGAAAUGUAAACUCUAGCAAUCUAAUACACCCUCUUUGAUGCCUUUCAUGUGACCUAUGAAAACGUUGGGUGCAGGAAGACAUUCAGUGAUUGUGUUUAGAGGAAUCUUUAAACUUUUUUUUUACCUCAGAGUCUUGGAGGCGGCUAAAAGAUACUCAUGUUCAGUUUUGUUAUUCCCUAUACCGAACAUGUGCUCUCUUGUACUCACAAAUCAAAAAGAUAAAAACUUUGUUUAUAAAAGUGUAUUUGUAAAAAGUGGUGGGAAUUUGUUUCAGAUUUGGAACAAUUUUGAUAAAUUUAGUUCAGUUCUUGUAAAACACGUGUAACGCUUUGUUCUGUACAAGAAGAGUGCGUUUUGAAUGAUCCCGUAUACACCGAGGGGAAAUUAGAACAGUGUCUACACAUCCCGUUUUAUUUACAUUGGAGAAUCCAAGAAGCUGUAAAAAGUGAUCCCUCUUGCAGUGAUAUUAUAAGAAACACAAAUAUAUUUAAGGUCUUUCGAUUAUCGCAUGACGUCAUUGGGAGCAUUCCGGAAUAUUUUACCGUUAUCGGUUAUAAUAUUAGUGUUAUGUGAUGCAUGGUUUUGCCAAUAUUUCUUAAUCUAACUUGUGUUUUACACAUUUUAAGCUAUGAAAAGUAAAAUGACACUAAUUUUUAACAAUUUAUGGAGGGUAGUUUGAGUCGAAGUCGUUGAAUUCAAUGAAAAACUGAUAAAACCGUACAAAGGAAAAGUUGACAGAGACUACAAUUCAUUAUUUUUCACCUGGCAAGGUAAACAUUUCUUUGCAGAUUUCGAUAGGAUAUAGAAUGAGUUACAAAUGUACUAAUAUUCAGUGAGUUUGCACAAUUUAUUCAAAAGUUAUGGACGUUUUAUUUUGCUAAACUGUACUUAUUCAUGGUUGAAAAAUUGUAUCAAAAUUCACUCUAAAUAUGAUGGCUUUCAAACUGGCAAGUUUAAAUGGCUUUUAAAUGUUAAAAUAAAUUAAGUAAAGGAUUGC